AAGAAAAAAGUCCAAAACAAAAGUAAAGUCACAACGAAAAAGUUCACACAAAACUUUUUCAUAAUUACCAAUAUUAAUAAUUUAUAAAUUUCUUUUUAAAUAAACAAUAAGUGAGUAAUAGCGACGUAAUGGGCAAUAAACAAAUCAAACAACAUUUGGAAACUGCACAAAAGACGGGAAUCUUAAAGAUUUCCCUGCAAAGGCUACAGGAGCUGCCACCGCAAUUGAAAAACUAUCCAAAUGUUUUAAAGACAUUGGAUCUGUCGCAGAAUCGUUUUGAACUGAUACCCGAAGAAAUUAGUAAAUUUACUCUUAUCAAACAUUUCAAUAUGAGUGGGAAUCGUAUAACUGUGGUGCCCGAAGCUUUAGGAGAACUUAUCAAAUUGGAGGUGCUGAUAUUAAACGAUAACAUGAUCACCCGCAUACCUAAAUCGCUGAAUAAUUGUAAAAAUCUUAAAACUGUUAAUUUGAGUCACAACCAAAUUACCGAAUUUCCCGUAAUGUUGUGUGGCCUUAAACAUUUAGAUGUUUUGGAUUUGUCACGCAAUAAAAUCACCUCUAUACCGGAUGAAGUGGGUACAUUGUAUGUGACAGAGUUGAAUUUAAAUCAAAAUCAAAUUUCCUCUUUGUCCGAAGAGAUAGCAGCUUGUCCUAAACUGAAAACUUUGCGUUUGGAAGAGAACUGUUUGCAGGCAAAUGCCUUUACACCACGCAUACUCAAAGAAUCGAAAAUAUCUAAUCUAUCUGUAGAUGGCAAUUUAUUCCAGUCGAAACAAUUUACAGAUCUAGAUGGUUAUGAUGUCUAUAUGGAACGUUAUACAGCCGUUAAGAAGAAAAUGUUUUAAUAUGUUGUUCUGUUGUGUAUGUUGGAUACAAAAUAUAAUUAAUACAACUGAAAAAUAUUUAUUAACUAGAAAUAUUUAAUCAUAAUCAUUUAUAGAUAUAUACGUAUAUAGUAACACCACCUAAGUAAACUGAAAAGACAAGACAUGCUUUUUAAUUCUAAUCAAUCUUUAGUGGUUUAUUUAGGACACUAUUUUGCAAUUGUAAAAUUAGCUUGAAAUUACUUAUAAUUAUUAUUGUAUGAAUGUACAUGAUAGUGGCUGUAUUUUCAUUAAUUUCUAUUUUGAUAAAGUAAAUAUUUAUUGUAUUUUAUUUACUCUAUUUCUUAAAUAAAGUAAUAAAUAUUA